AUGACGCAUCACACACAUGAAACAUGGUCGUAUAGAACAUUAGAAUCCCAUUUUUGGGAUUAUGUGCUCACUUUCUUAAAGAGUUACUUUUUAAAAUUCACCAAAAAAAAAAUUCCCCGACGGGAACACAAGACGAUGUUUAUCUGGAGCAAGCAUGUGAUUGGCUCUAGUUCAUCUCAGCUCGUUUAUGAAAUAUAUAAACUGACAGCUGAAUCGAACUCCGCCCGGUUGAAUUUUAGCUUCGUUCUGCCAUUGUGUGUUACCUUGGUGAUGAUCCCCGUUUCCUUGCCAAACAAUGUGUCGAAUGUGACGUAA